AUGACGAAUUGCUGCCUCCUUCUGGGGGCGAUAUUUCUUAUUUUAGAGCACAAUAAAUCACUUUCAGCUAUUAAUUCAUGUAAACAUAACGUUACUAAACGCCUUAAUAUCGUAGGUCCAGGAUUAUCUAGUUCAUCAAAGAAAGGCAAAACAGACGAUUCAGAUAUAAGUACAACUCUAAAGCCACAUCACUCAAAACACCAUUCGAAAAGCGGCAACAAGUCAUUAGAUGAUGUGGAAGAGGUCGCAGACGAAGGCUGGAAUUAUGAGAACACUACCAUAGUUGACACCAGGAGGAUUCUAUUUAGUAAGAAAACUGAAAAGGGGAAAAGACCAUACAUGGUAUAUCUUCAAUUGACGAAAGAAUCAGCAAAAGCCCAUAAGUACCGAGGCUGGCUGUGCGGCGGUGUCAUCGUAGAUCCAUACUAUGUGCUUACAUCUGCCGCUUGCGUUGAAGACGCUGAUCGAUUCUACAUCGUGUCUGGGACUACCAAAUUCAUUGAUAGCUUCGAUUACAAGACCGACGAGUGUGUCUGCAAGCAUCGGCGAAAAGUUGUGUGGAAAUGUAUUCCUAAGAACUACAAAUUCGACUUCCAAGACAGCAUCAAAUGGUCAUCAAACGAUAUUGCUAUAGUUAAAGUAGACAAAGCCUUUAAAUUCGGCGUCCAGGAGAAGGGAUGCGAGUUUGGCACUGAUCUCAUUUGUUAUAAUAACGUUAGUAGGGAGAUGGAGAAACCUGGAACUAAAGGCUGGAUCGCUGGAUGGGGUAGCGGUAACAACUUCAGAGAGGGUGUGUACCGUCGUCAAAAAGAAAACGUACAUAAAAACAGUAAGUGCCUCCAAGAAGCCAAAGUGUGUAUCAUGGACAACGAACAAUGCGCUAAGAAAUGGGCUCAACGGUUCAGGGAGAUUAUCACACAAUACAUGAUCUGCACUAAAGACGUCAUGAAGAGACUUAGUGAAGUUUGUGACAAAAGAUACGCCAAUUGCACAGAUGUAGAAUCACGUCGUGUUCAAGAUAUAGAGACGCCAACAAAAACGGUCAACGUUGAUUUAGGAAGACAUUUGAGAGAUCCCGAUGACUACACCGCUAGAAGAUCUUCUAUGCAAGGAGGAUUUUGUGAGAAUGACCACGGCGGGCCGUUAAUAGUUAGGUACCAGGGAAAAGAGAGGGUUAUUGGAGUCAUAUCAGCUUGUAAAAUUGACCCGAAGACUCACAGUUGCCACGGACCUUUCUUAUACACAUCUGUCUAUAGAAACCGACAAUUCAUAUCUUGUGCCAUUCAUAAGGACGUUGAGGAGAACUGCCGAAGAGUAUUCAGAUCAGGCAUAACACACGAGGAAUGGUCUGUCACUUGGGAUAAUGUUGAGUAAGUAUGAAACAUCGAAUCAACUUAUAAUCGUAUCAACGUAUAAUGUACCAAUCAAUUUAUCAAUUCAGCCUAUGGACACUGCUGGACUAGACUUAGCACGUAGGAAGCGGUAAUCCAAUGUAAUCUGGCCUUCAAAAAGUGCAACUUGGUAACCGAAUUUGAAUAAAUGAAGUUAAUUUUUUAAAAUUGGACAUUGGGUCGCCACAUUCCCAUCCCCCAAUUACCUCACUGCGCCCAGUCUCCUACUUCCCGCAUGAAGUCUGUAACGGUUACCCUUUUUUUGGUGAUUUGGUUCAUCGGGUUGGGGGUAUUCUACACUGUGAUUACAUGUUAUGUAUUUUACUAAUUAAUUUAAAAUUUCCAGUGAUGAUGAGGACGAUGAUGCUGGUAACAAUAGGUAAUAUAUUUCCUGUUAAACUAAAGAUAGCGCUUUAAUUAUUCUUACGAAUUUUUAAGUUUGUAUGGCAGAAUUCGCGUUGAAAAGUAAAAGAGGCAUUUGGGAGUUUAGUAAUAAUUUGGAAUCGAAGGCAGAAUUAUCAUUUCAAAAAGUUAGCUUUUUGUAGAUUUUGAAACAAAUUCUCGAACUAUAUAACGUUAUUUUUUUGUUAGUGUUGUGAAGAAAUUUACAUAUGAUCGAUCUUAAUUUCAGAGAAGAAAAAGCCGAAACAGCAGACAGGUUUGAAUGACUUUUUGUAAAACCAUAAGCUUAAUUCUCAUUGUUUCUCCAAUUUAUCAAUAAGAAUGUAUAUAAUGAAAUUUUGCUUCACAGCGAUAAAGACGAAAAAACAUCAGACGAAUCCAGGUAUUUAAAUAUCGCAUAAUAAUAUUUAAUUCCUAUGAACCAUGCUUUUAACAUUAUUUCAAUUUGCAGUGACGGCAAGGCGGCUCUAAGGCAGCGAACGUAAUAACUUAUUUUAAAAGGAAUGUUCUGUCUGUACAAUUCACAUUAACUCACUCACUUUUCCUUUUCAGUGAUGAAAAAAAGAAAGUGAUUAAGAAGAGAGCUAAGAAAGACGAUUCAGAAUCUGCCAGCGCUGAAGAAGAGGAAACAAAAGUAGUUACAACAGAGAAACCACCUAAAAAGGAAGAAAAGAAACACGAGAAAUCAGUUGAGAAGACAGAAAAACACAAGAAAAAGUCGAAACCUAAGAAACACAAAGA